AUGUCGCUCUUCGAUUUUAAGCCGUUGAAGCCUUUCCAGUAUUCCCCCAUCUCUCCAUCAAAGAGGGUAUUUCGCUUGGUUCAGCUUCUCCCUCCAAAACCGCCGGUUAUUCCAGGAACUCAAGGCACCAUCCGCAUCAGGCUAGUUGAGGCUGAUAUUGACUCUGGUGUCCAUUAUGAUGCCCUCUCCUACGCUUGGAAUGUGGCAGCAGGUCAGACAACGCCGAAUCGGAAAAUCAUUGUCGAAGAAAAUGGAGAAUCUUUCAAACUUCAUAUUUUCCCAGCACUGGAGAAUGCACUUUUCCAUCUGGCCUACCUCAAUAGUAACGAAUACCUCUUUAUUGAUCAAAUCUGCAUCAACCAAGAGGACCGCAACGAGAAGGGUCAUCAAGUACUACUUAUGCAAGAUAUAUACGCAAAAAGCGCUUGCACCCUUGUUUGGUUAGGCCCUCCAACUCGAGAAUCAGACAGAUAUUUUGAUCUUGUUCAGGAGAUGUCUCAAGAAGGAGUAUUGAGCCGAGUCAUGGGACCUCGAGUGGGUCAUUUCAUGCACGUCUUCGACGCCGUAAUGGAUCCAGCUUUGUCAGUGAACGAAGAAGAACGUGAAGAUCGAGACGAUAUUUUGGAAUUGAUUCAUCGAUAUGGUGACCGUUUCCCAUUGGAUGGCUUUGCCGAUGUACUUGACCGAAAUUGGUUCAAUCGUUUGUGGGUUAUCCAAGAGGCCUGUCUAGCACCUGCCGUCGUUUUUGUGUGCGGCAGUAAAUCUCUGUGCUUUGACUGCUUUCGAUCAGGCGUACUCUUCUAUAACAUAUACAACACGCACUGGGUGCGGCACCUUACAGAAGCUAUGCCUCAGCGAGUGCUUCGUCAGCGAGAUGCUCUUUUUGGGAAGACAGUCGGACUUAGACGGAUUUUUCAAGAGCGAAAGGCAAUCCACCAAAUGAGAGUAAGGCAAGGCCUACAUGACCUCGUGUUGAAGUACAACGUCAAUGACGAUCAAAAGAAGAUCGGGGCAACACUGGAACAAGACCGUAUUUUCGGCUUACUAGGACUAACAACAGAUAAUGAUAAUUUGAGAAAGCAAGUUCGUGUGGAUUAUGGGGCUGAAAUCACUCAAACUUAUUCCGAGAUUGCGGCGCUACUUCUGCAAGAGAAUAUUGAUGUUCUCUUAUUCAACCAGCGGCCGAAGAAAACUCCAGGCUUACCCUCAUGGGUACCGGAUUGGGCAAUGAAUCUUACUAUACCCAUAGGAUACAUGGCCUUGAAAGAACCUACAUUUACAGCUGGAGGAGGAAAAGCAGAAGCUCCUGUCCUCAUGAAAAACGAACAUCCACAGCUUCAUAUUAGUGGAAUCUUUGUGGACGCAAUUUCAGACUUGGGAACACGGUUGCACCACGCACAGUCUGAUGCACAAGUGGCAGAGCAAAUUGACUAUCGCUCAGCAAAGUUGUUUUUUGAUGAGGUCUCAAAAUUUGCCCAAGCACACGCUGCUACAUUUCAAAGCAGAGAUCCCUCUUGCCAUGAUCCCGAAAUGGAACUUAGAUUACAGCUGCGCUUGUGUGAUUCUGGCCUAUCUUAUCGAUAUUUCACUCAGAGUCUCGGCAUAACUGCUGGCAUUGAAAGACUUAAAGCUUUGCGCAGCAAUAUAUAUAUUCUUGGAGAACGACUUAUCAGGUCGGACGAGGCAAUCGCAUCCUAUCACAUCACACGUAUCUAUCGAACACUAGGAAUUGUUCCUUGGUAUUGGGAGCCCAUGUCUGAGAUGGAGAGUCUACGAACCUGUGCACUAAAUCCAGUCUUAGCGGGAAAAGUCGCGUGUCAAGCUAUUCAUGAUUUCGUUAUAGACAUGGCUAGUCUUUGCACCGCCUCGGCGAGAGUUUGGUUUGCAUCAAAGCAUGUCAUAUAUCGUCGCCGCUUCGGCAAAAUGGAUUUGCGACCUUCCCGCGAGAGCGUUGAAAAUAUAGGACUUGACUCAGAUGUUUGGGAUAUGAGGAUGGGAGACUGUAUAGUCAUAUUCCAUGGUGGAACUACGCCACAUAUUCUAAGGAAGCUUAAUGAUGAAACUCAAAGCGACAAAUAUCGGUAUAUAGGCGAAGCAUAUUGCGAUGGGGUCAUGGAAGGUGAGAUUUUCGCGGACAAAACUAAAAGUAAAGGACGAUUUGUGCUAGUGUGA